GUAAUUAGUGUGGUAGUAGUUCCCACAGUAUUGUAUUGUGAAAUUCCGGAGUCGAAGAAUUCAUUGUUAUUCCAUCAUUAAUUGUUCGGCGUAAUUUUAUCUCUGAAGUAGUAAUUGGUGAUCUUUAUUAUAAUUGUUGUUGAAAAAUGUCGUCCUUGGAAUGUAGUAUAUGUUUGGAUGAUUUUAAGAAAUCGAAAGAUGUAUACAGUACUGAUUGCGGCCAUAUUUUCCACAGGGAGUGUUUAGAUCGCUGCAAAAACAACAUGUCUAAUUUUGCUUGUCCACAAUGUCGCAAACCCAAUCCGAAAUCUCACAAGCUAUUUUUAAAUUUGGAAGAUACAGAAAAAAAUCAAGCUGUAGAUCAAUUAAAAGCUGAGCUCAAGAUGGCGGAAUUAAAGUUGCAGGAAAUGGAAAAAAUGGUUCAAACUGAUGAAGAUAUUGAAACGAAAAAUAAAGCAUUGAAUUCGAACUUUGAAUUGAAGGGUAUAAUAAUGAAAGGAGUUUCUAAAUCGGAUAUUAAAACUCCACUCAUCGAAACAAUUUUAAUGUUUGCUAAUAUAAUGAAAGUACCUUGUGAACGCUCUGAUAUUGAAACUGUGUUUGUUUUCGAUCGAAAGUUUCUUUUAAGAACUCAAAAUCACACUGACAAACUUAGCAUAGUUGUUAAAUUCACCACACAAGAAAUGAAGGAUUUAUUUCUUAAUAAUAAGAAUAUUCUAUCCGGGAAAGGGAUAAUAAUUAUCGAAUAUGUGGACCUAGAUAACAAUGUAUUAUUUGAAUAUGCCAAAUCUUCACUAUCUGCUAAUUAUAAACACAUAUUUUGCAGACAUAAUAGUAUUUUUGUGCAGAAAGAUGACGGCGAUCUACUGCACCGUAUAUGUAAUAAAAACAGCGUUGAUACUCUCAAAUCAAUGUAAAUAAAUAUUUUGUUAAUAAACGAUAUUAAAAUGUUAGAAA